ACGAAUUCUGUCAAAUACUGUCAAAAUUUAGUUUAACUAUUUAAUUUUAAAUUGCAGUUUUAAAUUUUUGUUUAAAUUACAAAUCAUACUAUGAGUUCAGAUUCCGAAUUGAAAACCGUAGCACAAGAUGCCAGAUAUCACAACUGUAAUUGUACAAAUUGGUGUAUGGAUGCUUUUGUCGAUUACCAUAAAUGUGAAAGGCUACUGGGAAAAGGAAAUACCUCUUGCGAACAGUUUUGGAAAAUCUACCGAACAAUCUGUCCUAACGACUGGGUGAAAAGAUGGGAAGAUCAGAUAGAGAAUGGUACGUUUCCAUGCGAUUUGCCACCCAAAGAAUGUCGCAAGAAGAAAUAAAUUGAAACUAUCAAUAAUGUAUUUUUAUUUUGACAAUUUGUGAAUAAAUUAUGUAAUCACAAAACUGG